UUUGCUUCCUCCAAGCCACGACCCGCGACCGGACCGGACGCCAUUACCACGCCAUCGUACUGUGAAUCUGUCAGUAGUGCGUUUUUCUAUUGAUAAUCUUCGGAUUUUCCGUAGUGUUAUAAGUUCUGUGCUGACGGUUUCUUUUAAUACAAAAAUAUCAAAAUGUCUGACGAGAAGAAGGGAGAAAGCGAACACAUCAACUUGAAAGUAUUAGGGCAAGAUAAUGCAAUUGUGCAGUUCAAAAUCAAAAAACACACACCUCUGAGGAAGUUAAUGAAUGCUUAUUGUGAUCGAGCGGGUCUAUCAAUGCAAGUAGUGCGGUUCCGAUUUGAUGGUCAACCAAUCAAUGAAAAUGACACGCCUACAUCACUGGAGAUGGAAGAAGGUGACACAAUAGAAGUUUAUCAGCAGCAGACUGGUGGAGCACCAUUAGUGUAAACUUAUCUUAAGGAACUGUCCAAUUCCCAUGGGAAGAACGCUAUGGUGAACCCAUCUCAACUUUAACAUUAAGUUAAUUUUAAAUAAAACGAUGCAAGUAUAAAACGUAACUUUUGAGAUACACAAUAGCGUAGCCGAGCUUUUGUAUACCUUAGCAUUGUGUAUCUUAAAAACAGUAGUACUGUAUACUCUAUUUAAUUAAGGUGAAAUUUGAGGUAAACCAAAUGUUCUAGGUAACUUCAAUAAUUAUUCCAUUGUGAUAAUUUUUUAGUUGACACCGUUUCAGAUCAGCUCUUAAUUUUUUUUAAGUGUGGCCAAAAAUGACACUUGCAAGCUGUAUGUGGUAAAUAAUUUAUUGGACAUAAGUCCAACCCAAUUGUCAAGUCUGUAACCACUAAUGUAAUAUCUGAAAUAAAGUAAACUUGAAAGCC